AUGUUUAGUUUCAGUCUUGACCGAUUGAAGAAUUCCAAGCCGACUAAUACCAGUCAGCCGCAGCAGUUGUUCCGGCUGAAAGAGAUUGUCCGCACAGACUCGUAUCAAAUAAAUAAAUUCCCUACCGAGCUGCCUCAAUUGAAGGCAGAAGAAACCAUUUGCUACGGGUCCAUCGAGUCCACUGCCCAGAAAGCCGUGCUUGUCACUAACGAACGCAUUCUUAUUUACAAUUACAAGUCCAAAGACAUACGGCCGGUUCCAUUCGAGUUCACGUACGAGAAAAACGACUAUGGGAUCUUGCCUCAAGUCAAGGUGUUCUUGAACCCGGUCACCAACGAAACCAGCGUAAUCAUUAUAGAUUCCAUCUCCGGGGCCGUCAGAUACGUGGAGGCGCUCAGCUUGGCUCCAUCGCUGGAUAUUCUCGACAUCGUCCAGUCCACUUCGCUGAAACUGUCUGGAAACGAGGUGGUCACCAUCGUGGAGCAUGUGAGCGGUGUUGGCUUGCUUAUUGCCACCAGCAACCGCAGAGUCGUUCUUUUGAGUUUAAACGACUACCUGGGCAAAACGAACCUUGUUUUUACCGAGAUCUACGCCUCAAAGUCGCUGCUCAACCUGUUCUUGGGUCUCUCUUCAUACAACAUCGAGGCCUACGAAAAUUCCAACAAGGUGAUCUCCGUGAAGAGCUGGAAAGAGAGCCAGGUCAGUCACAAGAUCUUCAUCCAGGAAGAGGACGGGAAAUUGACCAUUGCCAACUGGCUGAACGGUUCCAUCAACAUUGCAUCUCAACUAAACAUUAAACCUUUACUAGCAGAACAGAUACUGGACGCCGACGACAUCAAAGUGAAAGACAUAGAGCUUCUUGAUAAUGAUGUGUAUCUUGUUCUCACUACAUCCAAAGGAUCAUCUGACAACCGACUACAAAUUUCAUUGGUCAAGAAUGACUCCGAGCCGACCGUGGUGUACGUCCACGAGGUUGCCAGCACCACUACAACAGACAGCUAUCCAAAGAUCCUGCUCACCGAGAAUACAGCCAAUAUCAUGACCGACCGUGCGAUGGUGAUGGUGGACAUCGCCUCGGAGCUCAGUGAGCGCUGGGAAGACUUUAUCAGUUUCAACAAUAACGUGUCCGUUUAUGGCUACGAGGUGGACGAGCAAGAAUCGAUAGUGAUUCUGACCGAGGAAGGAAUCUUCCAGAUCAAGGUGGACAAGGCUAGCGACAUUGUUGCGAGCGUUGACUUCCUGAGAAACCACAUUGGCCAGGCCUUGCAGUUUGGCAACACCCAAAACCUGCUUGAUUUCAAGCUAGAUAAUCUCAAGUUGACACUAACCGAUGCCGACGUGGAGACGGCUGUUUUGGGAUUGGCGAAAGAGAUCGCCUCGAACAAGUACAAUGGACUCGCAUCAUACAAGAAUCUACAAACCAACUUGGAAAAGAGAGCCGAGAUUCUUCUGAGUCUAUACCAAUUUUGCGACGAGAACUUCAAGCUCAACGAGUCUGUGUGGCUCCAGCUGACGACAAUUCUUGAAAAAGUCAAGCUCUCGAGCGAGCUGUACAAGCAUCUAUCGGAACACCAGCCUUUGAAGUUGGUUGCAGAGAAAGUUUUACGGAAACAGGGCAAGGAUGCCAAACUGGACAAGUACUUUGAAAACAGCUCGGAAACCAUUGUGGAGUACUUGCAGUUGCUGGUGUCCAACACGAAUUUGGACGACCCUGCGGAUCUAAUUCUUUUUAGCGAGCUGCUGGCUACCGUUUUGGACAACGGGUUCCUCAAAGUCGAACUGGACGAUGUCAGAUUUUCGGGGCUUUUCGCUCAUGCUCGUGAACUGCUGACAAAUCUGAACGAGAUUCUGAAAACCGUGACUUUGACCUACGCGGACGUCCUGGAGUCUAUCCAGACGAGCGAUCUCAAGACCCGCAUCUCCAAUACCGUGCUGAAACUCGCACUGUUCCUUUACUACACGGAGAGCGGAGUCCAUGGCGAUUUAUUGAAGAAUAACCGAGAAGGAUGGAUCCGGUUGUUUGUUGUUCUUGGCCAACAGCACGAGAUCAUUCGUCUGGCCGAGAAGAGCCACGAUCUGGAAAGUUUCUGUGAGAUUUUGGACUCUGAAAGAGAACAGGCACCAGAAGGAGACGCGCUGGUGUCAUUGAAGUUUGAGGACUGUUUUACUCGAUACGGCUACCAAUUUGCAGAGGCUCUGUUUGGAUACUAUGUGAGAACUAAGAAGGUGAAUCUCAUCAUGAAGUGUGCGGACCAAUACCCUGAGUUUGUGAACAAGUUCUUGGACUCGGACGUGAACAACUACAAGUUUGCGUGGAUCUGGGAUAUCAAGAAUGACAAGUUUCUUGAUGCUGCGAACCGGCUGUUGAAGUACGUUUCUGUUGCUGAGACAGAGUCAAUUGAGCAGAAAAAGGUCCAGCUCAACACAGCCAAACUGUGUCUUGUGACUCUUGACGAGAACUACGAUGACCUGUUGGACGAGAUUGAAAUCAACCUGCAAUCGAUCGAGCUACAGCUGAAUUAUGCGAAAUUGAUCAAUUCGAGCACUAAAGACAGAUUUAUACGGGACUCCAAGUACCUGAUAGAUAGCAAGCUGCCAAGCUUCGAGACGGAGAUUGGCGCGAUUGUUUCCAAACUUGACAAGAACCAGCAACUGAGUUUGUUUGAGCUUGUGCAAUUAUUGACGUUGAUAACGUUUGAUGACUUUAGUCACAAUAAUUUCGCCAACUUGUUCAAGCUGCUGAGUGCGAUCAAGAACUCGAAUGCCACCAAGGUGAUCAGUGGUCUGGCAAGCUAUUCGUACUACCACCAGGUUUUGGAGAAACUUAUUUGGAAACGACUGUUUUUGACCACCAAUUGGGACGACCUGGCCACCGGUGAGUUGCAGGAUAACCAAUAUUUCCAGCUCAUGACCGGUUUACCCAAACUAAAGGUGGAUCCUCCGUCGAAUUUGACCGAACUGGUUGUUGAUUCGAGCGAUAUUUCGCAGCUGGACGUCGACGAAGGCCUGCAGGCCGACUUGAUCAGAGAAAACGAUUUGUUGACUGCGCUCAACGACAAAAUUGGACUUGAAAACUGGAUAAAUAGAAAAUACUAA